AUGGAUCAUCAAGGAGAAGAUUUCUUGUCCGGGAUUCUUUUGAAUAGAGAUGCUGCCCAUGUUUCUGGUUUGGACGACAAUGGAAUUCCGCUGACUGCACAGGAAACCCAGAGUAGUCCAGAGGUGGAAGCUGUUGCUAGUCAUGGUAACAAGGGAACGAAGAGGUCCAAAAAUUUUAGUGUGGAUGAAGAUGAACUUGUUUGUGAAGGAUGGUUGAUUGCUAGCAAAGAUCCCAUCCACGGGGCCAAUCAAAAUCGUACCUCGUUUUGGGGUAAGGUUCAUGCUUACUUUGAGAAGCACAAUAAAGGUACAACUCCAAGGACAGAUAGUUCACUUCUGCAUAGAUGGCUCACAAUUCAGUCUCUAGUGAACAAAUUUUGUUCGUGUUAUGAAGCGAUUGAACGUAGAAAUCAAAGUGGUACAACUAUACAAGACAGGAUUGCAAGUGCCCUCAAGAUGUUUUCGGGGGUAGAAACCAAGGAGGGGAAGAAGUGCAGUGUGGUGUCUUGUUGGAACAUACUUAAGGAGGAGGACAAGUGGAAAGCCAAGAGGAUUGAACUUCUAGAGCUGGAGAAACAAGCAGGCACAGGAAAAAAGACCAAAAAGAAUUCCACCAAAGUCGCCAGGCCAAGGGAAGACAACAAUGACCAUGAGAAAGAGGCCACCGAUGCUACUGCUGCUGCAGAAACCGGAGGAAGGAAAAGGUCUGAUGGGGUAAAGAAGGUUAAAGAAAAUCUUAGGCGAGGAGGUGGCGAAGCUUGCUUGGAGGCCCUCGACAAGAUGUGGGCAAAGAAGGAGGUGGCCGACAACGAAAAAGAGAAGGCAAAGCAGGAGAGGUUCCUGACGGCACUAGAGCUAGACAAGGAAGCACUUGAGGUAGAGAAGAAGCGUCUAGUAACUGAGGAAAAAAGAGCUCAAGCGGAGGACAAACGAGUUGAAGCCGACUUGAUGAAGCAGGAAAAAGAAAUUAUGUUCGCCGACACGAACUCUCUCAACCCGAUGUAG